ACUUCAAUCCAAAAUAAAUAUAAUUAUAAUGGAAGCUUUCAUUAAUCGCUGCUCAUCUUCCUCCUCUGAUCAUUCGUCUUCUUCAGAUUCUUCUCACAAAACCCUAAAACCCAACAAACUUCAUGCUACCAUUAAAGGUCCAUGGAGCAGUGAGGAAGACAAGAUCCUUACACGAUUUGUUCAGCGCUACGGCCCUCGGAACUGGUCGCUUAUUAGCAAAUACAUCAAGGGUCGCUCCGGUAAGUCUUGUAGGCUCCGGUGGUGCAACCAGCUCAGCCCCAAUGUCGAGCAUCGGCCGUUUUCUCCGGCUGAGGAUCAGACCAUUUUAGCCGCCCAUGCUCAGUAUGGGAACCGAUGGGCCACCAUUGCUCGCUUGCUCGUAGGUAGGACUGAUAAUGCGGUUAAGAACCAUUGGAACUCUACUUUGAAGAGAAGACAUCAAUCCGCCGUGUCGGAACGGGAGGUAUUGGGGGACGACGGUGGUGAUUUCAAGAUGAUCAGUUUGAGUACAAAUUUUCCGACAUCGGGAUCUCUGGCAGCCGAUGAGUAUGAUCCGAUGACCACGUUGUCGUUGGCGCCGCCGGGGAUGAGGGAGAGUAGAAGGGAGAGUUUUCCGGCAGGGUUUUGGGAUGUGAUGAAGGAUGUGAUCGCUAAGGAGGUUAGGGAGUAUGUAACGACGUCGUUCCCUGACACUUCUGGGUUUCAAUAACAAUUUCUUUGCAUUUUAUUUUUAUUUUUUUAUUUUAUAUUUGCAAUUAAAUGUUGGUGACACUACUUAUUCAAAGUGUAAUUUUGUUAAUACUUUUUCAUGUUACCAAAUAUUUAUGUA